UAUAACUAUCCUUUGCUUUUAUAGUUCUCUUUAGUCUCUCAAAAAGCCUCUCUUUCUCUCUGUGCCUACCAUGGCUAAGUCUUGCUAUUUCAGACCAGCUCUUCUUCUUCUACUACUUCUCUUGGUUCGGGCAGAGUCACGAGGUCAGUUCGAUCCAAAGAUUCUUUUGCCGACAGAGAAAACUAAACCGACAGCUGACCAAGACGAAGAUGGUAUCGGUACAAGAUGGGCGGUUCUCGUCGCCGGUUCUUCUGGAUAUGGAAACUACAGACACCAGGCUGACGUGUGUCACGCAUAUCAAAUUCUAAGAAAAGGAGGUUUAAAGGAAGAGAACAUAGUAGUUUUGAUGUAUGAUGAUAUCGCAAACCACCCACUUAAUCCUCGUCCGGGUACUAUCAUCAAUCAUCCUGACGGCGACGAUGUUUACGCCGGAGUCCCUAAGGACUAUACCGGUAGUAACGUUACGGCUGCGAACUUCUAUGCGGUGCUUCUAGGCGACCAGAAGGCUGUUAAAGGUGGAAGUGGUAAGGUCAUCGCUAGCAAGCCUAACGAUCACAUUUUCGUAUAUUAUGCAGAUCAUGGUGGUCCCGGAGUUCUUGGGAUGCCAAACACGCCUCACAUAUAUGCGACUGAUUUUAUUAAAACACUUAAGAAGAAGCAUGCUUCCGGAACAUACAAAGAGAUGGUUAUAUACGUAGAAGCGUGUGAAAGCGGGAGUAUUUUCGAAGGGAUAAUGCCAAAGGACUUGAAGAUUUACGUAACAACGGCUUCAAAUGCGCAAGAGAGUAGUUACGGAACAUAUUGUCCCGGCAUGAAUCCGUCACCCCCAUCUGAAUAUAUCACUUGCUUAGGGGAUUUAUAUAGUGUUGCUUGGAUGGAAGAUAGUGAGACUCACAAUUUAAAGAAAGAGACCAUAAAGCAACAAUACCAAACGGUGAAGAUGCGGACAUCAAACUACAAUACCUAUUCAGGUGGCUCUCAUGUGAUGGAAUACGGUAACAAUAGUAUUAAGUCGGAGAAGCUUUAUCUAUACCAAGGGUUUGAUCCAGCCACCGUUAAUCUCCCUCUAAAUGAAUUACCGAUCAAGUCACAAGUGGGAGUCGUUAACCAACGCGACGCGGACCUUCUAUUCCUUUGGCACAUGUAUCGGACAUCGGAAGAUGGGUCAAGGAAGAAGGAUGACACAUUGAAGGAAUUAACUGAGACAACGAGGCAUAGGAAGCAUUUAGAUGCAAGCGUCGAAUUGAUAGGCACAAUUUUGUUUGGUCCGACAAUGAAUGUUCUUAACUCGGUUAGAGAACCCGGUUUGCCUUUGGUCGACGAUUGGGAAUGUCUUAAAUCGAUGGUACGCGUAUUUGAAACACAUUGUGGAUCACUAACGCAAUACGGGAUGAAACAUAUGCGAGCGUUUGCAAAUGUUUGUAACAACGGUGUCUCGAAAGAGCUGCUGGAGGAAGCUUCCGCUUCAGCGUGCGGUGGUUAUAAUGAGGCUCGCUACACGUUGCAUCCAUCAAUCGUAGGGUAUAGCGCCUGAUGAGAGAUUUUGAGGCUUUUCUGAUUUUCAAGUGGUUCGAGUUAUAACGUUAAGAUGGUUUAAAAAUAAAAGAAAUGUUUAGUAUGUAAUUACGUACGUAGCAAUAAGGUCAUCAAACUUUUUAAUAAAGCUUUGUUAAAUAU